GUGCUAUGAGAGGAUUCUAAAUUUGCCAAGCAGCUCCGGCAUCCCAUUCUCCCUGUUGGUACCUCCCUCUAGGAGACAGACUCAGACAAGCUGGGCUGAGAGAAGCGACUGGAGAAGUACUGGAAGUCAGACUGGAGUGGACACUCUGACAUCAGGUUACAGUAGAACACUCUGAACAAGCCGGGGCAGAGCUGGUAAAGGCAGUCAAGUUGCUGACCAUCACGAGAAAAGAGUCUCAACGCCCGUAGAAGUUGGCAAGCGAGCAGAAACUGCCUGGCACUCAGACUACCAACAGACAUCUAAUGUGCUCAACAACGCUCACAGCUGAAGCCUGACAAUGACGGACAAACAAAAUGGAAAUGGGCCCAAAGCCCCAGAGAAUAGGGUGAAGGGGAAGCCUCCUCCGUACUCUGUGGAGACGCCCUAUGGCUUCCGCCUGGACCUGGACUUCCUCAAGUACGUGGACGACAUCGAGAAGGGCCACACCAUAAAGAGAGUCCCCAUCCAGCGCCGGAGCAGGGGGCAGAGGCCCAGCACUCUCCCCAGGAACCUCAACCUCUCUGGGCAUGGCUACCAGUCUAACCCCUGGGGCUCCACUGGAGCUCUGGCCUCCAGGUCUCGCCUCCCCGACCCCCACCAAGGCUAUGGCUCUUGGGCUUAUGAUGGCAGAUGGCCAGCCUCCCCUGGAGGAUACAAGUCUGUGGCAGAGAUGGAAGCCAGUAUCAGGGCCUUUGAUGAGCAGCCCUUGGGGGAGCACAUCAGGCCCAAUCUCCUGCGGGCCUCCAGCCUGCCUCUUACCGUCCUGCUAAGGAAAGGUUCAGAGUCAACUGAGGACCCGGCCAGUCUCCGAAGCUCCAGAGACCGUCUCGGAGGAAGGGACACUUCCACGGAAGACAUCCUUUACUCCCUGGACCGCUUGUCCAACUGUCCGUCCAAACAGGAUUUUUCUGGAACCCUCCGCCGCCUCAAUGAAGCCCUGGAGCACAUGGGCAAGCUGGAGGAGGAGGUCCGUGUCAUCCCAGAGCUCAAGGCACAGAUCUACAUCCUGCAGGAGGAGAGGGAGAUGCUCCGUCUUGAACUGAACCCCAAACCCGCAUCCCGAACCUUCUCCAACAGGGCCAAAGACCACUCUUACGUGACCUCUGACCUCAAAAGACCCAGGAAAGAGAGUAAUCUCUUCCUCGCCAACAAUGACAUCACCGAUGAUGACUCUAACCAGACACACGAGUGGAGGACAAGCACAGACCUGGAUGAGCUUCUCACAGUGACGUCUCUGCAGGCCAAAGUGGCCAUGCUGGAGCAGAGGCUUCAUGAGAGCAGCCUGGACCUCCAGAAGGCUACCGUGCUACUGAGAGAACAGCAGGAGGAGGGCCGGAGGAACGAUGAGAGGAUGUGCCAGCUGAUCAGGAACACUGGGGACUGGGGGAGAGCAGAAAGAAUCCCUGUGGAGCAAGAUGAAAAACAGACUGAGAAUUCUUCUAGGUGGGUCUUAGCAGGUGUGCAUGGUACAUCCAUUCGAGAAAGUUUGAAUGUAGGAGAAGCUUUGUCGACAAAUACAGUGACCAUUAGAACAAAUAGACAAAACCCUGGCACUCAGAUUGAGGACCUAGAAGAUGAUCAGGUUUGUGUUGCAGCUACCUCUUUCAUGAUGGAGGCCCAAGCGAACAGACUUGGAGCUGGUCAACACAGUUCAAAAACGGUGGUCCAUUGCUCCGUCAGAGAACCAGGCCUAGCAGUACCCAUGGAGCACAUGCCCCAGGAGGAAGCCCCCCCAGGGAGCAUGGAUCAAGCUGUGGCAGCCCUCCACAUAAGGAGGAUCCAGUGUCUCCUGGAACAGCAGUGGGAGUGUCUGUGUGGGGGGACAUCACCAGAGGGAGGCAAGGCCCUGGAGCACCCAGACCCCAAGGUCAAUUCACUACAGGAGGAGAUGAUGAGUCUGGUUCAUACUCUUUCCUCCUACUACAACCAUGGAUCCAGUGACAGAGAUGUUUCUCAAGGAGUCCCAAAAUCCACCAUGAAGAGAAAUGGGAGUGCUCGGAUGUCAAAGAACCUCCACUUUGUUGGUGUGAACGGAGGCUUUGAAACAACACCAAAUGAGGAUUUGGACCGUAAGAGCCAUGCAAAGGAGGACAUGUCAGCCCUACAGCAACAACCAGAAGGACAACUCCCCCCUGGGGAGAUGGCAGAGAAACGUGCAGACCAUGGGGGUUCCAACCACGGAGACCAGAAAGAGGGAGACCCAAGCCCAGGUCAAGAGAUGAUGGAAGGAACCGAUUCGAUGGACCAGACUACUCAAACUGCAGAACCAGACGAACAGACAGAUAGUGGUGGGGAUGUGGAAGCUGCAGAACCAGAGGAAAAUAACAAGACAGACACAACACCAGAGGAACCCAUGGAAGCAGAACCAGAUCCAAACACAGAUCCCAAACAAGACAGGGAGGCUGUAGAAGGGGAGUUCAUAGCAGCAUGUCAUUUCGUCAACGAUCACAUGGAUAACAUGGAUAACCCCAAUGAUGACAUGAGGCGUGGCCUGGUGGUGCUGUUCCAGCAUUGGUUCCGGGUGGCGGCUGAGGAGGACUCUCUGGCCAAUACGCUGUCUGUGUACCUCAGAGAGGUGAGGACGGCCACGCCGUCGCUCCUCCCCUUCUUAGUUAACAUGGCAGAUGACAACGGCAACACAGUGCUGCACUACAGCGUGUCUCACACCAACUACCCCGUCGUCAGCCUGCUACUGGACACAGGUGUUUGUGAGGUGGACCUUCAGAACAAGGCGGGGUACACAGCGGUGAUGCUGGCAUCCCUGACGGCCCCGGACAGCUCUGGGGACAUGGAGGUGGUCGGCAGGCUCAUGGAGCUGGGGGACGUCAAUGCUCAAGCCAGCCAGGGGGGUCAAACAGCUCUGAUGCUAGCAGUGAGACAUGGCCGGGGCCUGAUGGUGCGUCUGCUGCUGCGCUCCGGGGCCGACACCAACAUCCAGGACUGCCAGGGGGCCACGGCCCUCGUGUGCGCCUGCGAGAGGGGCCACACACACAUCGCCCGGCUGCUGUUGCAAGCGGCCGAGUGUGACACCAGCGUCACUGACAGGCGUGGUCGCACGGCACUGUCUGUAGCGCAGCAGGUGUCCCACGUUGACAUCACAGCCCUUCUCCAGGCCCACCAAACACACGCUGAGACGUCUGUCUGAGACCCCUUACCCUGUCCCCGUGGAUGGACUCAAAGACAUAGAUGUCGCAGUACAAGGAAUGUCCAUGUCCAAAUGGUACCCUGUUCCCUGCUGUAUAUAGAGCCCUUCUUCCUACUGUAUAUAGAGCCCUUCUUUAUACCACAACUUAGGUCAAUUAUCUCCUUCUUUCUCUGUUUCCUUCUGUCUCCUUCUGUCCCUCUUUCUGUCUUCUUUCUCUUCUCCUUCUGUCUCUCUU